UAGGUGGGCGGAGACUCUGCCACCGCCAGCGAAUUAUCGCGAUCCUUCUGAUGAGUCCGCUUUUUGACAGCGCAGGGUCGGUUUGCCAACGAACAUCUACAUCAUGAUCGUCGAAGCCCUCACCGGAGCACCGAUUAGGCGAGAACCCUAACCUGCAACACCAAGGCAGCCGUCAGGCAAACAGCGCCACCAUGUCAACACUAGCGCCCCUACCGCUUUCAGCUCUGUAGGCUACAUCUACCCCACAUCAUAUCCCCGAUGCUUCAUUCGUUACUUGCCUACUUUUGUGUUCAGCUGUUCUAGGCAGAAGGCGGAGUCUGUCGGUGAGAUGUCUCGCUCAUUAUCAGUAAAGGGGUAUAUAAUGAUCAUUUCUUCACAGCCAUGAAUCUUUCCUUCUCCUCAUCCUCUAUCCAUCAUCAACUUCUCAACUCGUAGCUCCUUCUCCGUAUCACCCAACCUUUCGUCUAUGACCUCUGCCGUCGACCACGACGACCAGUGGACCAUCGUUAACCCACCAAACACAAUGGCCACCACCAACACCAGCGAUUCUCAAAUCAUGGCUCCAGCCCCGGCCCCUACCACGGAGCAGCAACCGCAGAUCGAGCUCACCAUCAACACCAAGCCAACCUCCUCCGCCGCCGCAGAAAAGCAACCCGAGCCGCCCAAGCUCGCCCGCGAAGCCACCGCCGACUCCAUCGACGACUUCGCCGAGCAGCGCGCACGCCCCAUCCGCCGCACAACAGGCGGUCCGCGGCGCUACUCGCCCUCUCCACCGCCCGUCCGCAUCUUCAACAACCGGCGCGACGACCCCGUCAGCGUGAUGCUGCACUCGUCGUCGCAGCUGCUCGAGAACGUCACCAAGUACGACGGCAUCGCCGACAUGCCGUACCCGGGCCGCUCGAGCGUCUACCUCGCCACGUUCCCGUUCAGCGAACGCGACGUGAAGAAAUGGAGCUGGUUGUUUGCGCACGGGGUUGAGGAUGUGUGGCUCAGCCAGGUGGGCGGCGACGAGGAUGAGGAUGCGGAGGAGGAGGAGGAGUAUGAGCGCUUUGGGCGGCGCGUGGGGCGCGUGGUGAGGAGUCGGAGGAGGGAUCGCUCGCCGUACUAUGACACUGUGCCCGCGAUUGAUAUUCCGUCUGUGUAUCUCUCGCGCGCGCUGGAUGCGGCUGUCGUCCCUGAGACAAAGGACGGCAGCGUGAGGUACUUGAUUGUGGCGCAGAAUCGGUACAGGCCUCAUGGCGCGAAGCUGCUGGUGGCCGAGAGCAGGAAGGCGGCGGGGAUAAUGAUGUAUUAUGAGGCGCUGACGGGAAAUUCUGUGGUCUUUGUGGGAGCCAUCGUGGGCGGAGUUGGAAAGAAGAUGAAGAAGUUUAAGAAGGCGGAGGGAGUGGAUGAAGCGAACGCGAUGGCGGGAGAGGGGGUUGUGGGCGUUGUUUGCUGAAGAGUUUUGGAUCGACGAGGAAGAUAUUGGGGAGGAUUAAAUUGCGGAGAUGGCGAGAGUGGUUGUGCUUUCUAACGGUUUUGGAGUUCGUUUUCUCUUGGUGCUUUACGGAUUCGGUUGUGAUGCCAAUGGGCAUGGGGGUCUGGGAAAUUGACUGGAAGGAAUUGCGCUGGUUCUGGGGCUAGGUUCUGCUGCUAAGACAGUCAUUACAGAUCGCUCUCUUCGCGCAGGACAUGAAGGUGGGGUGACGGAAGUGAGGGGGUAUUGGUAUUCAGUUGGAGACCUUCCUUCGUUCAAACCACUAUCGUCUCUCCAAUAUCGCAUAAUCCAACCUCUUCACCCCAGCGCAACCCUUCAGCUUCAGCAACCUUCUUCCAUCGCUCUGGAGGCUCAGUAACAGGUUCGAAGCUUGCACUAAAGCC